AAAGACAUCCUAAUGAUUUAUGAAGAGGAUGCUGAGGAAUGGGCUCUAUACUUGAGAAAAGUGUUUUUACAUAUUGUGAAAAGGGAAGCAAUCCUGUUGUACAGCUUGGAGAAUUACUCUCUUCGGGAUUUGGAAUUGCUGAGUUUAAACUCUUACAAAUGCAAACUUCUGAUACUAUCGGAUAGCCUGCUUAAAGACUUGACUCCAAAGAAAUGUCAGUUCCUGGAAAAGGUACUUUCUUCACCAGAAAGUGUGGUUACCCUGCUGUGUGGGGUGGCGAGUUCAGAUCAGCUCUACAAGUUGUUAAAUAUCCCUGGAGGCAGAUGGGAGAUCUCAACUGAGCAGGGGCCCGAAGACUACAUCUCUGUAAUCGAGAGCAUCAUAUUCGGAGGUUCUAACGACUACCUCGAGUUCAGUAUUCCGACAGACGUAAGAGUGGAACAUCCUGGCGAAGUAAGUGAGAGGAAGCAACUGGAAGACUUCUCUGAAGUUCCAGGAAGCAGCCGACCACUGGCAAUGGUGCUUCCCACCGAAGUUCCCUGUGAGAAUCCUGGUGAAAUAUUUAUUAUUUUGAGAGAUGAAGUAAUCGGUGAUAUGGUGGAAGUUGAAUUUAUGUCAAAUAAUAAAUGCAUUAGAACACGGCCAGCCCUUUGGAAUAAAUCUGUCUGGUGUAUGAAAGCUUUAGAUUUUCCUGCUGGCUCCAUCAAUGUCCAUGUCUACUGUGAUGGAAUUAUUAAGGCCAAAACUAAGAUGAAAUACUAUACAACAGAAAAGGCUGCGGGAGGCCUAUUGGAAGUGGCAGGUCCAGGAGGUGGUGUGUGUCAGAAUGACAUGGAAGAAUUUGAUGAUAUUCUCACAUCCAUAUUCAAACAAGAGAUACCAAAUUAUAAGUUCCAAUCUCUUCAAACUGAAAUCUACCCUCAAAAAGAAUAUACUCAUUUCAAAGAACUUCCGACUCUUCUCCACUGUGCAGCAAAAUUUGGCUUAAAGAACUUGGCUAUUCAUUUGCUUCAGUGUUCGGGAGCAACCUGGGCGUCUCAGAUAAAAAAUUUGGAGGGUUCAGAUCCAGCAUGUAUUGCUGAAAGGCAUGGUCACAAGGAGCUCAAGAAAAUCUUCGAAGACUUCUCAAUCCAAGAAAUUAGUAGAAAUAAUGAGCAAGAAUAUGACUAUGAAGAGGAUGCUACUUCACUUUCUGCAUAUUUUCCCACCAUACAGAACCCAGCAUUUCAUCAUGAAAGUGGGCAGACAGAGCGGCAGAGUGCUGAAGGAGCUGAGGCAAAUGAAACAGCAGAGGAAGAAAAAGAGAAUGAAUCAGGCGCCGAGACCAAGCACAGCCUUCCCGAGGUUGACAGUGGGAGCUUUGAGGACCAGUAUGAUGACUUGUACAUGUUCAUUCCUGGAGACAAUGCAGAAAUCAGCUCACAAGAACCACUCACGGAUGACAGACCACCUCUUCCCCCGCCUCGAUCUGUAGUUGCUGCCCUGCAACUGGAUAAACCUCCCUUCACAUUACAAGGGAAAAUGUUGGAAGGCCAAAUGGAAAGAAGUCAAAAUUGGUGGGACCCCAGCGCAAACCAGGAAACAGGAGGUGAGCCCAGAGGAGAGGACGAACAGACCGAUGAAAAGGAGCAGGAGGAGGAGAAGGAGGACCCGUACACAUUUGAGGAGAUUGAUGACAGUGACUAUGACAUGAUCCUGGCCAAUUUAAGUACAAAGAAAAGAAUCGGAGGCCGGUCUUUCAUUAUAAACAGGCCGCCUGCUCCUACACCUCGACCCACAAAUGUCCCUCAGAAAGCAGAAACCACCCCUUACAUAGCUCAAGUGUUUCAACAAAAGGCAGCCAGAAGACAGUCUGAUGGUGACAAGUUCCAUGGUCCCAGGAAACAAGACAGACCUCGGACGGAGAGUCAAGCCUUUCCCACUUUGAGGGGCUGCCUGGCUGCUGGGCAAGACGAACUCAUCCUCCUGCAGGAGAAAGUGAAGAAUGGGAAACUGUCUGUGGACCAAGCCCUUGAGAAGUUUAAACACUGGCAGAUGGGAAAGACAGGCCUGGAAAUGAUUCAGCAGGAAAAACUACGCCAACUACGGGAUUGCAUUAUUGGGAAGAGGCCAGAAGAAGCAAAUGUCUAUGAUAAGCUCACCAUCGUGCACCAUCCAAACGGUAACGAACGUGUCCACAAUGAAAAUACUUUAUAUAGCCUACCCCUCGGCAAUAAGCCUCCUGCUCGACUCCAAGUUGAAAAGGAAUUUGGUUUCUGUUGCAGAAAAGAUCACUAA